AUGAUUCUGCGACAUAAUAUGGGCUCCAUCAUUUUUUCGGCUUGCAGGGCACUAUGGUCUUGUAGAGAUGCUUUGAAGGUGAAGCUGUGUGCGUGCAUGGAAAGAUUGUCUCUGGCGUUACGGCGAUCUGAUCUUCCUAUAGCCAUUGAGAUGGACUCGAGCAUGGCUGUGUCUUUGAUCUCGUGUGGCGACAUUGAUCGCUCAGUUUAUGCUUCCCUAGUGAAUGAAAUCAGACUUCUUUUAAGUCUUAGGCAGACUUGUAUUACUCAUGUUUCUAGACUACAAAAUAAAGUGAGUGAUAGACUAGCUAGCUUUGCUAGAGUUGAAGGUCGGACUAUGACUUGGCUAGGGUCUGGUCCAGUAGAGGUUUUGGAAGUAGCUCAAGGUGAUUGUAAGGACAUUGUGAUUGAGUAA